ACGGAGUCAUCCUAUUCAUCCAGGCCACCUUCUAUGAAGUGUUUGAGUCUGGACUUCAGAGCUUUCCAGUAUUCACAGACAUUGAUUUUUGCAACAGAGGAGAUAAACAACAGUUCCUCUCUUCUGCCUGGGGUCACACUCGGAUACAAGAUUUAUGAUACCUGUGGUUCUGCAGCACUGGGGGUUAAAAUGGCAAUGACACUAAUGAAUGGAAAUGAGAAGUCAGCCACUGAUGACAACUGCACUAAACCAGCUCAAGUGCAAGCCAUACUAGGAGAAACGUACUCAUCAGUGUCCAUGGCCAUAUCAAAGAGUAUUGGACCUUUCAGCAUUCCCUUAAUCAGUUACUAUGCCACCUGUGAGUGUCUCAGCGACAAAACGAAAUAUCCCUCCUUUCUGCGCACUGUUCCCAGUGAUUAUUACCAGAGCAGAGCACUGGCAGAGAUGGUCAAGCACUUCGGCUGGACCUGGGUUGGAGCAAUACGAAGAGACGACGAUUAUGGUAACAAUGGAAUGGCUACGUUUACGAAAAUCGCAGAGCAACUGGGCAUCUGCUUAGAAUACUCCCUUCCAUUUUUCAAAACCUACUCACAAGAUAAAGUGCUAAGAAUUGUUGAGCAAAUUAAAAGCUCCACUUCACGAGUUAUAGUAGGGUUUCUCACUCAGUGGGAUUUGGAAAUUUUGGUGCAGGUGUUUUCUGAGCAUAACAUCACUGGAUAUCAGUGGGUUGGAACUGAGGGCUGGAUCGCUGAUCCAAUAGUGGCUACUCGUGAUAAGCACAACAUACUGCAAGGAGCCAUAGGGCUAGCUAUCCCUAAAACAAAGGUGUCUGGUCUGGAUGACUUUAUUCUGGAUGUAAAGCCACUAAAAUCUGUAGGGAGUGCCAUUUUUACCAAAUUUUGGGAGUCUUUGUUUAACUGUAAAUAUACAAUGCAGAAUGAUUCGGAGAACUUGCCAGUGUGCACAGGUGAAGAGACACUGUCUGAAAUGGAAAACGCUUUCACUGAUAUGUCCUUGAUGCCCAUUUUCAGUAAUGUGUAUAAAGGCGUGUAUGCCGUUGCCCAUACACUGCAUGACCUUCUUGGCUGUAAACAAUCAUGUCAAACAAACAAGCAACCCGACCCUUUCACAUUUCUUGAACACCUCAGAAAGGUACGUUUUAAGACCAAAGAAGGUGAAGAAGUUUAUUUUGAUAUAAAUGGUGACCCACCAGCAAAAUAUGAAAUAAUAAACUGGCAAAUAAACGAAAAUAAUCAAAAUGAAUUUGUCACUGUUGGACUUUACGACUCCUCGUAUCCUGCUCAUGAUCGAUUAACAGUAAACUUGUCCUCGAUUAUAUGGGCUCAAAAUACCAAUAAGGUACCAGUAUCUAUAUGUCAUGAGAGUUGUCCUCCAGGAACCAGGAAGGCUGUACAGAAAGGAAAACCCAUCUGCUGCUUUGACUGUAUUCCAUGUGCUGCAGGAGAGAUCAGUAAUAUGACAGACUCUAUUGAAUGUGAAGAGUGUCAACAAGAUUACUGGUCAAAUGCACUUAAGGAUAAAUGUGUAAAAAAGGAAACUGAGUAUUUGUCCUAUGAAGAAACGAUGGGAAUGUUGCUGACAGCAGUGUCCGUUAUUGGUGCAUUUAUGACAAUAGUAAUAGCAAUCAUUUUCUUUAGACAUAAAGAUACACCAAUUGUCAAAGCCAACAACUCUGAACUGAGUUUCCUGCUGCUCUUCUCACUGACUCUGUGUUUCCUCUGUUCACUAACUUUCAUCGGUCAGCCCUCUGAUUGGUCCUGUAUGCUGCGCCACACAGCCUUUGGAAUCACUUUUGUUCUUUGUAUCUCUUGUGUUCUGGGAAAAACUAUAGUGGUGUUAAUGGCCUUCAGAGCUACACUUCCAGGCAGUAAUGAUGAAAUGGUUUGGGCCUCCACAACAGAGACUCAGUGUAGUUAUAUUUAACUUAUACAAGUCCUCAUUUGUGUGCUUUGGCUGUCAAUAUCCCCUCCUUUCCCUUUUAAAAAUCUAAGUCACUACAAGGACAAGAUCAUUCUAGAAUGUAAUUUGGGCUCAAACUUAGGUUUCUGGGCUGUGCUGGGUUACAUAGGCAUUUUGGCCGUUUUAUGUUUUUUUUUGGCUUUUCUAGCACGAAAAUUGCCUGAUAAUUUCAAUGAAGCCAAAUUCAUUACAUUCAGCAUGCUCAUGUUCUCUGCAGUCUGGAUCACUUUUAUUCCAGCUUAUGUCAGUUCACCUGGGAAGUUUACAGUAGCUGUCGAAAUAUUUGCUAUUUUAGCUUCCAGCUUUGGUUUGCUGUUCUGCAUAUUUCUUCCGAAAUGCUACAUAAUUAUACUGAAGCCAGAGAAAAACACUAAAAAGCAAAUUAUGGGAAAAGUUAAGUGA